UUCAGUCGGCGCCAUGUCCCAAACCGAUCCCGAGCUGCUCCUGCAAGAGCUGGGCGGAUGGGACUGGGACCUCUGCCGCCGGGAGCUGCCCGCCGUCCUUCCCCGGCUCCUCUCUAUGUAUCAAGAGUCUGAAGACUGGACUGAGCAUAUUCGUGUUUUGAGGAUCCUGACUGAAAUGUUUUUGCCUCAUAUCAGCCUUGCAGAUUUGGAACAAACUUUUUUCUCAAAAGUACUGCCUAAGACUCUACAGUUAUUCGAUAAUUUGAUGUAUGAAUUAUCCCAUCAGGCCAAAGGUUUAACCAACCAGAAUACUGAGUUAUGCAGUACUGUAAGGAAUCUCUUACAGACAGUGGUGCAGCUGUUGGAAACUCUGACCAGUUGUGUGCGGUACAUUUGUACACUCCAAGAGUGUUUACCUCUGGAGAGUGUCCGCACCCUCCCAUCCUCUGUUCUUUAUGUGAUAAAGAACACUUUUAUACACUGCAAGGACAGUGAAUCAGUGUAUUGUGGGCAUCUGCACUUGGUUUCUGACCUCCUACAAGCUAUGUUUAAGGAAACUUAUUCUCUUCAGAAACAGCUGAUGGAACUACUUGAUAUGAUUUCUAUGGGCUCUGAUUCUAGUGAAGAUAACAUUGCAGAUAUGGUGUCAGUAAUCCACACUGUGCUGGAGAUAUGCUCUGUCAUUUCCAAUAUGGAUCAUGCUCUUCAUGCUAACACAUGGAAGUUUAUAAUCAAGCAAAGCCUGAAGCAUCAUUCCCUGCUUCAGUGCCAUCUGAAACACGAUGAUAUCCUCAGUGGCCUGUGCAAGGAUACUCUUCUUUCUUUUCACUCCUGUUUGCAACUGGCUGAACAAAUGAAGAUGUCAGAGAUACAGGAGGGUGCUGACCUCAAGAUAUUCCAGAAGACUGUCAAACUAUGCAGAUUUUUUGCUAAUUCUCUUGUACACUACACCAAGGAAUUUCUUUCUUUCUUCUUGAAUUCAUGUUCUCAGUUACACCAGCUAUUUCUUCAAAUAUACAGCAAGUUUCCUCCCAGUUUGUAUGCUCCAGUGAUCUCAGAGGUUCAUCAAGAUGAAAUAUCCAGGGUUUUUCUUGUGGCUCUAGAUCCUCUCAUCAACCAGCUUCUUCCCUUUGGACCUUUUAUGGAGCAAGUAUUAAGUGAAAAGUUAGGUCUUCCUCCUGAGCAGCAGCUGCCCCAGUGUCUUCUUCUGAUUGCCAUAAUGGACAAGUUGUCCUCUCAACCUGAAGAAGUGCAAAGUCUCUGGAACACAGGAAGAAGCUUGUCUUUGUUCUCAGCACUUUUUCUCAGUUUCCAGCAAUGUUCUGGCGAGCUUUCUUUCCCUGUUUGUUUGCCAGAAGUGAUUGGUACAGGACAGCCAGCAGUUCCCAUCACCCUUUAUCAUUAUGUCUGUGUCCACCUGUGUUCCUUCAUUGCUUCCACGCUCCCAUCACACUUUCCUCAGCUGGAGCAUGCUUUACUGGAUGCUGUGCUCGGUUCUAGUAUGAUCACAUCUUUACUAGCUAUGGAUUCAUGGUGUUUCCUUGCCCGGUAUGGAACAGCUGAACUAUGCGCUCACCAUGUGUUUGUGAUAGCCCAUUUGAUAAAGUCUUGGCCAAGUGAGUGUUACCAGGUCUCAGCCUUGGGUGUUCUGCUGAGGCGUAUGCUGUUCUUAAUGGCUCCAGAUCAUCAGGUAGAAUUUACUCAUAAGUUUCUUCCCAAAGAAGUGGAAAACUUGGUAGUGUGGCAGCAUAUAUCCCUCAAGGCUCUGAAUCCUGAUCUUAGGAAACAAGUGGCACAUCAGCUCUGUGUGGCAGGGCUCACACAGUGCAGGCAAUGGCUGAAUAGCAGGCGUGCUUUGGGAGAGCUCCGACCUGUGAACAUUGCUUUUUCUGUCAUGUUGACUGCCUGUAAUUCUGCUGGUGACACUCUGGAGGGAGAACUUCAGACAUCUAUCUCAGGAGUGCUUGGUCAGUUCUGGUCUUCCCUCCAGGCUAAGCAGGUGUCAGAUGACCCAUGUCUCCAGCAGACACUGUGUUUGUUACUUCACCUUCUGGAAUUUUUCAUCCAAACAUUAAGUGCUCAACUAAUUACUCAGGUGUUUGCACUGCAGUCUUCCCUUUUCCAGUUAGAUCCCCCAGAUCAUGUUCGUCUAGCAAUGCUGGAUUUUCUCUCUUCUAUGGGAAAAGUGUUUAUACCACAAGAAGCCCAGAGGCAAGUUGUACCUCAGUUGUCAUGUCUGUUUGCUUCUCUGCUAGCUGACAAGGCUUGGCUGAUUCAUCAGCAUGCUCUGGAGGCAUUCACACGCUUUGCAGAGGAAACAAGCCAUGAAGAGGUUGUUCCUCAGUGCCUUAAUUCUGAAGAAAUUAAGAACAAAGUUGUUAGUUUUCUGGCUAAGACAAGGCAGGUAGAAGAGACAACAGAAGCACGAACAGAACGUGUGAAACGAGAAAGGAUUAUCCACAGCGCUCAUUUUCUGAAAAAGACAGGAGAACUGGAGUCAGCAGGAGAGCCUCUGGCAAAAAGAGUGUGUCACCCACCCUCUGAGGAGCAGUAUAAGUCAGCAGUAGGCACAAUAGAGCGGGCAGUGGAGGCUGUGAAGCUGCUGCUCCAGAAAGGGUCACCCCCUGCUUGGCUUGCAGUGAAGCUGGAGGCUCUACAUACAGAUAUAGCCACUUUGAGAAACAGUGUACGGUAAGGUUGUUCAGCAGAUUUCAAAGACUCUAAAACAGCUCAGCUCCCUGGUUGGAGGGAAGAAAUACCUUUGUACCAUGAUUGCUGGAGAAGGAAAAAGCGUGACACAGGGUGAUGUUCUGCUACACUAUUAAGUGGUAGUUAAGAUACAUAAAUGAACUGAUGUGCGAGAUGGACAGUCUUUCAUAGUAUCAGGCUGGAAAGGACUGAUAUGUUUAAUGGACUCUAUUGUGCACCCAAGCUGUCAUCUUAUAUAUUGCCAAUGUAUAGCUCACUUUUUCUAAGAUACUGUAUGAUAACAAACAUUUAAUGAGAUUGUCUUGGAGAUAAAGGUGUUUGACCUUGUUGUAGAAGUAACUUAUGUUUUUUCCUGUUAUGUACAGGUGAGAGGGCAGUAGGCAUUUUUAUAUUAUUUUAAAAUACACUCAAUAACAAUUUAAGGCUCCAUGCUGUUCAGUGAACGUACCUGUGCUGCUGUUCCAGUCCACUGUAACAUCAUCUUUUAAAAAAAAAUAUUGGUCACAGUUAAGAGCAGAAUGAAUGCAGUACUUGAACAAGCUUGUGUUCAACAGUCCUUCACUGCAAAUUUCCUAACAUCUCUUGUGCCAUCUAUGGGUAUAAACAAAAACAAAUAUGUUGAGUAAACCGUAUGUUCACCCUGAAAUCAUCUUACAGAUAAAAGGAGUUGUUUCUAAUGGCUUUGCUUUUUCUGAAAAAAUGGCACAUUAACAAAGUAACUGCAUGUAACUUUCAUUUAUUGUCAUCAGUUUUUUCAGAGCAGCAAUGAUUUCUAGAACAACAGCUUACACCCCUCAUGUCCUCCAGUAGCACAUCAGCACCAACACACUGUUCAGAGUGAUCCUCCUUCCAGCAGCAGUGGCAUGCACUGCAGCUGGGCGUAUUGCUUGAGCGCAGGCCUCACCCCUGCAGUUUUUGGCACAGGCUGGAACAGAGCAUCCUUGGCAAGGAAGGGAUCGGGCCCAGGGGGAGAUCUUGCUGACUGCUACAGCAAGUGCCUGCCUUCCAGCUAAAGCAGUGCUGAGGUACUUAUCCAUUAUAUUGUGGAAGCAAUGACUUCUCUUACAGAAUCCAACACGCCGUAAAGCCUUUGUGUCUUUCAGUCCCAUUACCAGUUCGUAUCAUCUUCCCAGUUCAGCUCCUCUUCUUCACCCCAACCUGUGGCUUCAGCCUAGAAUCAUGCAAAGUUAUCAACAUUAAGGCACAUGUACUUACUUCUGUACUUCACUCAGCCAAAAACAAAGUCAGGCAUUCAAGGGCCAAAGGAGCUGGGCAGUGCGUAAUGACAGAGCAAGAUGACUGUUCAGAAAGGCAGCCUCCUCCUGCCCCAUGGAGCACCUUGGCUCUAAGAAGCAGUGCUCACAGAGAAAGCUGUAGUAGCCGAAAGCCUCUCAGUAAGACCAAGAGGUGCCAAUGUUUGCAGCUUCCUAGCUUAAAGGGCUUUACCAAUAAAAGGAAACACCUUAAAUAUUAUAAGCAAAGUAACAGAGGAUUUGCUAUCCUUCCUUCCUAAACAGUUUAAAGGAAAAAUUGUCUCACUAACAUAGCUCUGCAACUACACCAGAUCAUUGCACUACAGUGAGUGACCCCAAAAAGGGGGCUGAUGUCAAGACAGUGCUGCUUAGGAAUCACACGUGCCAUUUUCAAACUAUGUAAACAACUUCAGUUUGUAUUCAAGGUUCCUUUCCCCCUGCUACCUCUGUGGUAGGUCUCUUAGGGUUGAGUUAGCAAAACAGCCUGAAAUCAACACCUAUUCCCCAAUGGAGCUGUCUAUUCAGCUAGCAGUUAUGGGAGUGCUAGCUCCCUCUCCUCCUAACAGAAGGAAACAGCCUCUUGAGUAUCUGCAGUGGGCUAGAGGGAUUUACCUUCUCACUCAAAAAGAGAGUUUUAAAACCCUGCUGGUUCACUGAAACAGUGAAAUGUCUCAGCUGUUUCUUCCUGAAAAUUAGGCACCCAAAAAACCUUCCUCAGUAAACCAGAGAUCCUGAUUUCCUGUUCCUCCUGUAGCUUUUCCUAGAUGAGUCCAGGGAACACCGAGCCCAGAACAUACAUACUCUAUGCUUGAAAGCCCUCUUCUGUUUGUGCUUGGGGCCAACUUCAUUCUACUUCCCCUGUCUGACAAACCAACUUUCCUUAAAGUAAUGCAGGUCUCUAGCAUCCAGGAUACAGUAAAAACUCCUUAGUUCAUGCCUUCAGUACAGCACAAAUUACUUCAAUUCCUUCAGUGUUUCUUAACAUGGCUGUCUUGCUGCUGCCACACAGCCCCCUAAGCUACCUGGUGCCUGCUAAACACAUCAUUCACAGCUCAGUUAUCUUGUAUGCACAAGUAAAGAUUCAACUGCACAGUCAUGUGUUACUUAAACUUCCUCAGGUUAACCACCAUCUGAUCAAGGAGCCUGCUAGUACCAGAGCAGUAUGUUGUAGUGUAUAUGUACAGUCACUUAACCCUACUAUCCAUAGACUCUUACCUCAGUAACAUCAAUAGCUGCAAAUUUGGAUGAAAACAGCAUAUUCUGGGAGGCACCUUCUCUGCUGGAUACUGCACCAGAGUGACUGAGAGCAACUGCUUCUGUCCUCACUUCAGGUAAAAUCAAGAUUGCUGAAGAUGGUUUAAUGUCUGGGAUCAUAUCAGCAAACCAGUCCAGCUCAGGGUCUUGCACGGGUUUUCUUUUUACUUGGAUAGUGAACUCUUCUCCUAGGCCAGACUCUGAUGAAGACUUUGGCCUUUCCUGAAAGGUUUCUCCCAGUUGUUCCUGGUGGUCCCAGUUGUCAUUGCUCCAGCUACUGUGAGGGUAGGACUGUGCGGGGGAGCUCAGUUUGAGGCUUUUAAGUUCUCUGCUCAGUGGAUGGGUCCCUGGCAGAGGCCUCUGCAGCUGAACUGCAUCAGCUUGUGUCACAGUGAGGCAGGUUCCUGAGGACAGUUCAGGACUAGGGCUGCUGGGCUCAAAGUCAUCCCACGGCUUCUCAUCACCAUCAUGAUCAGCAAAGUAAGGUCCCGCUCUGCCCUCCGACUCUCGGGGCUGAAUUUGGAUGUUCACAGUUUUCUCAGUGUCUGUCUCCUCUGCCUCGCUCCAGUCUGGCCACUCCUCUGCUGGUUUUUCAGAGGCAGUCAAAGAGCUCCUGCUGCUCCCUAGUGUGUUAAUGCUUCCAGGAACUCCAUUUAGGGGGAGGUGACUGUCUUGCUCACCUACAGAAGACAAGGGUAUUACAUACUCAUCUCAGAAGGACAAGUACAAAGACUGAGCUGUGCCUAAAACUCUCUGAAAUCCUUGACAUUGCAGGUAGCACCUGGUAUGGAAACAAGCCAGUUCAAAAAGUCACAUUCACUGGAAUAUAUUUCAGCGCUAAGUUAUUCUCAUAUUAGAAAGCACAGCCAUCUUCCUGCUUGUGAAGGAGGGUUAUUAAUGUUAGGAAACCUGAUAAGUGAUAAGUGAUAAGUUAACACUACUGAUAAGUGUUAAGUUAGAUGACUUAGAAAAGGCCUUGAAAAUAAACCAAGUCAGAUUCUGAGGUCAGAGAAGCCCAUAAAUAGUGACACAAAAAUUCAAGUCAAACAGGCUGGCCAGCAAUGUGUGUGUGAACCAGAUUCCCAAAUAAAUAUUCCCGAGGAAACCAAGGAUCACAUUCUUGUUCCUUCACUUUUACCUUUCUUACUUCAUUAAAUGUCUUUUGAAUCAGCACAUGGGGAAGACGAACAAUAUUUCAAGCAAUUUUUCAUUUCUAUGACAUUUCAUUUCUAAAAAGGAACAGCUGGGGCAAAGAUUUACCUGUCUUUAAAACCAGUGAAUUGUCUUGUCGCACAGACUGUUUCUUGACAGGUACAUUUCCAGAGAUGGGGAACACGCUGGAAUUAUUCUUCAAGGGCUGAGAGGGUGGAUUUCUCUGAUGGCUUACAACAUGACUGGGGGAUCCUGCAGGAAUAAAGCAAAACAAAAGGAUACCAACUCCACAUGGUCUGUUUUCACUUUUAGUUGAAAAUGCCCACAGCAUCAGGGUGCUCUUACCUACAACAGAGGCAAGGAACAGUGAAUAAAGAUAGGAGUUGCAAUGUGACAGCUGCACCUCUUGGUCUGUAUAUGAAACAAUACUCCUCUCUUCCUACAGUCUACAGUUUGUACUGGUAAAAAGUUUAGUUUAGGCAACUGUGA